UUUUCUCUAAAAACCACAACCACCGAUCAACUUUUAAUCCUAAUCGUCAUCUACCCUUGGGGUGGACUGGUGAACGAAGGUGACAAGGGGGAAAACACGAAGGCUUCACAUGCAACAUUCAUUGAUCAGAUGGCAAGCGGAGGUUGUCGUCUUCGGGGUCGGCGAGGUAGAAGCAACGAAGCUUCCCUCUUUAUUCCGGUGGCGAGGAGCGAGUUCCAGGCGUCACCAGUAGCGAAAAAUUCAAACCAGUUGAGGUUUCCGGAGGUUUUGUUCGAUGAACGAGGAAGAGGAAGGUACAAGAGUUUCAAUCAAUGGGAAGGAGGCACGAAGUCGGUUGAAUGGUUCGAAGGGUUCCGAUCGUUUGCAGUUCUCAGGUUACAUCUCCGGGAUUUGACGACCUUGAGGUGUGAAAGAGGGAAGGGUCCGAUGGGCCAAAUCAAUCGACGAGGUUCGAUGGUGUUCUCUGGCAUCAGAAUUCUCUACUACACACAACAGAUCCUUGAAGAAGAUUAGGUAUAAUGGUCUUGUUGGAGAUUAUCUUGGAAAUCAUGGUGACCUAAAGACUAUUUCUGAAGUUGAAAAAGAAGAUGAAGUGAAGAAUUCUAAACUUCUUAUGGAAUUGAAAACAAUUUUGGAAAUGAUGUGUACAAACACAUUCUAUGUAUAGAGGCAACAACAAUUAAAAAGUCGAUUUGAAGCCUGAUAAAGAAUGUAAAGUAAGGCAACAAUAUUCAUUUAAAAUUGAUUAGCAUGUUUUUCUGUUAGAAUGGAUUUACAACAAUAUUCUAUCAAAAUGUAUUAGUGUUUUACUUAGAUUUUAAUGUUUUUAUUUGAUUUUUAACCAAUAUCAGUUUUAUUCUUUAAGAAUAAAUGUAUUUGUUAACCAUUA